AUGCUGGAGUUCCUGCGCGCGCGGGAGGGUCCGGGCGGGGAGUCCGUGCUCUCGCUGCUGGGGCCGCCGCUGCGGCAGGAGGACGGCUGGUACAGCCUGCAGUGGAGGCAGUUCGACCGGGCGCGUCAGAGGGAGGACGGGCGCGCCAGGUGGGUGCGCGCCUGGCACGGCUGCAAACUGGAGGCCCUGUAUUCGAUCUUGUACCACGGCAGGCUGCGGGCCAGCUGCGACAAGUCGAUGGGUGAUCGAUACUUCGACGGGGCGCCGGGGAUCUACGUCCACAAGGACGCGACCUCGCGCAAGGCGGAGAACUACGUGCGCUUCGUGCACCUGUGCGGCGACGGCGUCUUCUGGGCGGCCAAGUGGGAGGUCGUGGUGGACCGGAGGCAGAGCGUGGCCGCCCCGCACCAGACCAGUGGGUCCAGAGAGAGAGGACGGCGUGCACCUCGCCGCGCUGUGGGUCUGCGGCCGCGCGGCCGAGGCGAUGCACCCCGGGGACGCCGUGUCGCGGGAGUGGCGCGGCGAGCUGGAGGCGAACCCGAAGGACCCCUGCUGGGGCUGACCAGGCGGCCGAGUCGCCAUCGCCUGCGCGGAGGGCAACUGGCGGGCGGGCCUACAGCGAAUGGCGGCUCGGUGCUGUGCGCACUCGCUGCCUGUAGGUGUGAUGCCGCCAGGCCAUAA